UCCGUCUGUCCGCAUUAUUAUAUAUUAUUAUAUUAUUACUACAUUGUAUAUGGUUGAUUACGAGCGUCGCGACGCUGUUCAUUACAAAACGACGUCGAACUUUGUUAUUACUUCUUUAUUAGAUAGAAAUGCACGAUGUUUUAAAACGAUUGUAAAAUGUAGAAAUAAAUAUAUAUUAUUAUUGAGAAUCCAUUUUUAAUUAGACAUGGGAUAUUGAUAUUUAUAUUAAUUAUCGAUAUUUUAUAUAUUAAUUAAUUACCCUACUAGAUAGAAUUUUUUUUAAAUUAGCCAAGAAUGCAUCAUCUGUAUCCAACAGUGAAAGGUGAUCCAUUAUGUCCAUUAGGUUUUCAUCCCCAAGUACGAUGGCCAACAAGAUGUAAACGUUGUUUUAGAGAUUAUAAAGAACAUGGAAAUAAGAGAAAAGAAGAUGAAGAUGAUUCGAUUAGAAGAACUACCACUAGCAGUAAUUUAAGACGAGAUGAUGUCACAAUCUCAUCACCAACUUUAUCUACAUGGAAUUCCUCUUUAUCAUCACGGAAUCGUGAUAAUUUUUAUAGUAGUGAUAAUGUAGAUAAUUCAAGAAAUUGGGCAUCUAGUACAAGUUUAUCCACCGUACAAGAUGACUACAAAGAAAGUACAAGACGUGUCAGUGGGAACACAACAAGUGAUCAUUCAAAUAGUAUAAUUGAUAGUAGUGGAAGUGGAGGGGGUGGUGUUACAUCAUGGACCUCAACACCAGAUCUAUCACAUUUAAAUAAUAAUAUAACUAGUACAAGUGCAACGUCCAAUCAUGUUAAUUAUAGUUUGCCAUUACCGAAAAAACGUACUCUAACACAACAAUCAUCUUUAGAUAGUCAUACUCAACCAAAAAUUGAUACCGGUCAGCAACAUGAAACCAAAGUGACGUUAAUACGUCCAGAUUUAGUAAUCAAAAAAACAGAUACGUUAGCUGAGCGUGUGAAAAAAAUGCAAGCACAAAAAAAUGCCACAACAAAUACAACGAGCAAAGCCCAAACCACAAAAACAACCACACCAAAACCGGAACCCGUAAAAACAACUCCAAAACCUGAAGUACCAAAACCAGCCACAAAAACAAGGGAAGAACUUGACAAAGAACAACAGAAAAACGAUGUCCAAUUUUUAAUCCAAGUCAAAUCAAAAAGUACGCUAAAUAAAAAAAUCGAUACGGACGACGCAAUCAGUAUUGCAGAUACAAUCAGCAUUGCAGACACAGAUAUCACAGAUCGAACAGAUACAACGUUAGUUGGCAACAAUGAAUUAACGGAGCAAAUAGAGUCACUAAAAAAAGAGUUGGAACAAAUGAAACAAAAAUGUGAACGUAUUGAGCGAGAGAAAAGUGAUAUGUUACUGCGCAAAAUCACAACAAAUGCAUCAACGGAUCGAACAAGUCGUGCCUACAAAUCGAAUCAAACGGAUUUGUUAAAACUCCAACAAAAAGUUAACGAAUUACAAACCUUAAAUGAAGAUUUACAAGAUGACAAAAAAUCGUUGCAGUUAAAAGUUAAGGAAUUGGAAAGUGAAUUAACGGAAGCGAAGCAAAAUAAACAACUUGUUAACGAAUUGCAAACGAAGUUAACAGCAGCUGAGCAAUUGUGCGAGGAAUUAAUGGAUGAAAACGAAGACAUGAAGAAGGAAAUGAGAGAUCUUGAAGAGGAGAUUGAAGAAAUGCAAGAUAACUUCCGGGAAGAUCAAGCUGAUGAAUAUACAUCGCUCAAGAAGGAAUUAGAACAGACCUCAAAGAACUGUCGUAUACUAUCGUUUAAAUUACGUAAAUCUGAACGUAAAAUCGAUGAGUUAGAAGCAAUUAAGAGUGAGUUAGAACAAAAAUUACAAAGUAGUGGGGGUGUUUCACCAACUGCGACAAAUAAUAUUGAACGUAUUAAACAGUUGGAGAGUGAAUUAAGUCAAUCGAAUAAUCAAGUAACGCAAUUAAAAGAACAAUUACUUAGUACGAAUGAUAAGUUGUUGAAGUUAGAAGCAACUUCGACCAAGAAGAAACCACCGAUGCUUGGUAAUAUUGGUAAAUCUGCGUCAUCGGGAGCUGUUGAAAAUACUGUCCCAACUGUUAAAAUAUCGAGAGAAUCAUUAAUUCGAGGAAAUUCACAAGAUGAUCCCGCACAAUUAGCUAGAGAUUUGCAAGAUUCCAUUGAGCGUGAAGCUGAUUUACGAGAACAACUUAAAUUUGCUGAAGAAGAGUUCAAAAUGCAAUUAUCUAUAAUCAAACUACAAUAUCUUCAACAAUACCAGCCAAAACUACAAUCAACAGUCUCAACAAUUACAGAAACAAUAUCAAAACAACAUUUUGGUCAACAAUUCAAAAUGUCUGUUGAUAUAAAACACACUCAAACUGACGAUAAAUUCAAACAAGAUUUUGGUCAACAAUUUAAGUCAACUGUUGAUUCACAUCAAUUUACUCAAACUGAGAAUUCUAGACAAGACUUUGGACAACAAUUUAGAUCAAGUAUUGAUUCACAGUAUACUCAAACCGAUAAUAAUUCUAGCCAAGAUUUUGGCCAACAAAUAACAAUACCUGUUGAUUCAAGCCUUACCCAAACUGAGAAUCAAUCAGAUUCAAGUUAUACUCAAACUGAUGAUUCAACAAAGUUAUUCAGCAAAAUUAUUCAUAGUAAACUUAAAACUAGACCGAAUCAACUGUUGUUACCUUUACUGUCAUUCCCAUUUGUUUUGCCAUCACUUCAACAGCAAAUAUUUUCUGGAAGUCUUGAUGGAGUUGAUCAACUUCAAUCAACUUCAUCAAAGACCUUAGGUCGAAAAUUAAGUCCAACUCCACGUCUAUCGCCAGAAUCAUCGAUUGACAAAGACGAAGGUAUCUCUGAUAUAGAAGAUCCAACCGAAUUAAAAUUAUUGUUGGAAUUAAAUGAACAGGAAGCUGCGGUUUUAAGACGUAAAGUUGAAGAUUUAGAAGUUGAAAAUGACAUGUUAAACAAAAAAGUGAAAGAACUGCAUGAGAAAAAGUACAAAUCGCCUAUGACAACUACAACUACAACAACGACAUCAGCGGAUAAAAAACAAAUUAAAAUGUUAGAACAAGAACUAAAUGAACUUAAAAAGAAAUUAGCAGACAAACAAAAGUCAUCUUCAUCGAAUGACGAAGAUAAAACAACAAUUAACUUAAAAAGACAAUUAGAAAUAAUGGAGCAAGAAACGCAGAUCUUGCAUGGUAAAAUCAAAACUUUGGAGCAUGAUCAUGAUGAGUUGCUCAAAGAAAAUAAACGGUUACAAUUGUUGAGCGCCACCACUAAAAAACCAACAACAGCAGCGUCAUCUGAUAAAGACAACAACGUACUAGCCGCACUAAAAACCAACAAACUAAAGAAUGAAAAUGAUCAACUUAAAGAACAAAUAAAAACAAUUGAAACCGAGAAAAAUCAACUAAAUGAACAAUUAACUCAACUAAAAUCGUUGAGUUUAAAACAAAUGAAAACAAAACGUACACCAAAGCAUCCAACCGAUUUAACAACAAAGUUACAAUUAAAGAAGAUGGUGAUUGAUUUAGAAAAUGAGAUAUCUGAUUUAUUUAUUAAAUUUAAAUAUUUAGAAGAUGAUCAACAAAAUCAAUCAUCAACAAAUAAAAAUAAUAAUAAUAAUAAUUUGGAUGAUUACAAUCAAUUAAAAUCAUUGAAUGAACAAUUGAAUAAAGACUUAGAGAAUAGCAAGAAACAGUAUACGUCUGAUAUAAAUAAAUUAAAUGAACAAAUUAAACAAUUAAAUUUAGAUAUGAAAAAAUAUGAAGAUUAUGAAAAAAUAACAAAAGAAUUAGCCACAAUUAAAAAAGACAUUCAAACAAAAGAUAAAGAAAUUCUUCUGCUAAAAAAACAAAUCGAUCAAUCAAAAUCAGAAAAUGAUAAAUUCACACAAUUAAAUAAAACAGUUGAUGAGAAAACGAAGCAAAUCACAAAAUUAGAGAAGCAAUUACAAGAAAUGAAAGAUCAAAUAGCAACACAUGAAAAAACAAUUAGCAGUAAAAAUACUGAAUUAUCGAAAUUAGAAAAACAACAGACCAGUUAUAGUUCGAAUCAACUAGAACUAAAUAAAACCAAAGAACAAAUUGAAACGAUAAAAAAAUCUAAAGAUACUAUUGAAAAGGAUUUGAAUCAAUUGAAAAAAGACAUGAUUGUUUAUCAAACUAAGAAUAAGGAUUUAGAAAAUGAUGUUAAGGCAUUAAAUGACCAAAAUAGUAAAUUAAAGGAUAAGCACGAAAAAGAACUGAAAUUAAAAGAAUCAGAAAUCAAACGGUUGGAGUUUAAAUUAAAAACUACACCAUUAGAGAGUAAAUUUAGCAAGAGUCAACCAGCUGUAGACGCAAACAAACUCAAAGAGUACGAAGAACAAAUCAAUAAAUUAAAAGCAGAAAUCAACAACGAUAAACAAGAAUACGAUGACUUAACACGUAAAUACGAACUCUUAGAAGAAGAACAUGUCGUUGUUAAAGCAGAACUCGUUAUUGAAAAAGAGAACAUUAACCGUCAACUUCAAGAAACCGAGACAAGUUUAAAUGAGUUAAACGAAUUAAACAUGAAAUAUUUAAUCGAAAUACAACAACUUCAAACCAAGCUCAAAGAACAAGAGGCUCAAAAUCAAGAUGUCCAUUUGAUCGAUAUGCUCAACGAUCAAAUUACAACAGUUCGACGGGAAAACGAUGUUUUGAAACAAAAAUUGGAUGAUUACAAUAAAGUCGAUAAGAUCCAACUGAACAUUAACACUGAUAACACAAUCUUAAAUCUUGAAAAAGAUAUUCGACAAUUACAGAAUAAGUUACAGAAUCAAGAAAAGAUUCACAAGAUUGAGCUGAACGAGAGUAAAAUGCGUUACGAUAAACAAUUGACAAUCGUUAAUGAUGAAUUACAGCAAUUGCAAAUCCAGAUGAAACACUUUAAAAGAGAGAGAGAUCACUACAAAGAUAUGUUAAAUGAAUUGAAUAAAAAGAAUCAGCUAACGAAGCAAACGGAUUCCAGUAAAAACGAUAAUAGUAUCAAUAAUAACGAUAAAUUUAUCCAAUUACAGCAACAUAUCCACUAUUUGGAGGAUCAACUAUCGGAAUCUAACCUAGAAACGUCGAAAUUAAAGACAGAACUCUUAGCGGAACGUUCACAAUGGGAGAUUAAACUAUCGGAGUUAAAAACACGUUGCAAUGAGUUGGAGGAAGAUCGAAUACUUACUAGUGGGCGAUCUAAGAUACCCGGGCAAAGGACUAGAAUGGAAUUGGCUUGGCAGAAGGAACGGGAAGAACAACAGCGGUUAUUACAAGAAACAUCCACGCUAGCUCGUGAUUUACGUCAAACGUUGUUUGAAGUCGAAAGGGAACGUGAUAAGGAACGUUUGGAAUUCAAACGAAAACAGGAACAAUUCCAGAAAUUCAUCGAUGAUGAAAAUGAUGACAAUAAGAAGAAAUUAGUUGAAAUCCAAUGCGAUUUAUUGGAAUUACGAGAUGCUCAUGCGAAAUUACGGACUACAAAUGAAAAACUACGUCGGGAAAAGGAUAAAUAUGAACGAGAGUUUAAUGAUAUUCGAAUUCUCUUACAUACCAAGAAACGAAACGAUUUUGAGGAAGAUAAGAAGUUAAGUGUACUUUUGGAGUAUGUCGAUGAUUUAAUUCAAGUUUUAAGUGGUCAAGGGGAUGCGAAAGAUGACGAUACAAAUUCGUUGUUAGCGAUGACACCAACUGCACCAAGACGAUUUAAAAGUAAAUCGCGAGAAUCUUCUCCAGCACCGCCUAGCGAUUCCGAUAAGUUGAAUGCAUCUCGGAGUACCCGAUCACAGAGUAAAGAACCAUCUCCAGCGCCUUCAACAACUGCUACAUCGCUUAAAUCAAAUUCAAAUCGUAUACAAUUAACGGUAAAUCGAUUAAUCGAGGCUACAAAUGAACUACGUAAAUAUCAACGAUUAGAUCGUGAACUGGAUCGUGAUCAUUCGAAUAAACGAUCAAGCAUGCGACGUGCAGCAUCGAUUGAAGCCGAUAACACAUCAACAUCGAUCACAUCGAAUAAUCUAAAUCGUCGUAGUAUAUCGUUAAGUGGGCACACUAAUAGCUCGAUAAAUAAUCAAGAGGGUCCCGUAUGGAAAACUCGAAGUAUCGAUGAUGAUAAUAGUUUAAGUAGUAUACAAUCGUUAGAAGCGAGUGGCGGUGUAAAUGUAAAUAGUAAUUAUUUAGAUUCACGAUUAUCCGGUGGAUCGACCCAAAGUGAUAUUAUAAAUACGGGAAAUGUUAAGAAGAAGAAGGGAUUUAUAGGAAAAUUAAAGAAAUUAACUAAGUCACAUUCAAUUGAUGAUUCCACGAAUAUUGAUUAUCAUCAAAGUCAUUUAAUGGUUUCGUCAUCGUCGACAGUUUCCCAACAACAUCAUCAAGGAUCUGAUUCGGAUGUUAGUCUAUCUGAUUUUGAGAAAACCAAGAGUAAAAAAGAUCUACGAGGACGAAUUACGGGAAUAUUUAAACGGUCUGGUUCAUCGUCCAGAAGUAAUAGUUUAGAGCGUAAUAUAAAAAAAGAUCAAUCACCGGGUGAUACAAGUUCGUUACAACGGCCAUUAAUUCAAACAUCCACAACCAGUUCGAGUAAUACUUCCAUUCAAUCUAAAACUGAUGAUGCUCAAUCCAAAUCUAAGUACAAUUCAAAAGGUGUAGUGCAAGGAGUCACGAGUGGUGCUAAGUACACAUUAAAAAGUACCAAAAAAUGAUAUUUAUUAUUUCUUUACAUAUAUGAAUAUCAAAUAAAUAUCUUUCGAAAU